AUGGGGCCACCAAACACAUCAAGACCCGACACCCCACCGCUAUCCUCUUUGCCCACCGCGUUCCCAAGCGAAACAUGUCUCCGACGCGGUCUCUGUCCGGUAACCUCCCUGCGCAAACAGGGGCCCGAGGCACUCGAAAGUCAUUCGUUGUACUAUGAACAACACGGGCCGCCAAACGCGGCGACGAAGGUCGUAUUUAUCAUGGGCCUGAACUCAAGCAGCUUCUCGUGGGGUCCGCAAGUGCGCUACUUUGGGAAGGGCGGUGAAGGGGGAGACUGCACGUCGUUGGUGUUUGAUAACCGGGGCGUUGGAAACUCUGGGUACCCAAGAGGGCCGUAUACGACCUCGGGUAUGGCGGAAGAUGUCAUUUGCUUGUUGGACUACCUGGGGUGGACGGGAGAACGCGAGCUGAAUGUUGUUGGUAUUAGUCUUGGAGGGAUGAUUGCGCAAGAACUCGCAUACCGGAUACCCCACCGCAUCAGUUCGCUAGUCCUGGCAGUGACCACACCGGGCGGACACAUCUGGAACAAUCUUGCACCUUGGAAAGGCGUCAGAUCCCUUGUGACGCUGCUAUUCACACCGGACCCGCUCAAGAAGGUGCCGAUAGUGCUCGAGAUGGUAUUUCCACCCAAGUGGCUCGCAGAAAAGGCCGAAACGGAUACGCACUGGGAGUAUAACGGGAACACAGAAGACAACAAGCUAGGGAAGACCAAUCAUGACGUGCAGAAGGAGGGCUUCCUUUUCCGUGUCUCUAUCACCAAACCCCAGCUGCUACUAGGACACAUCUCGCAGAUGUGUGCGGCCUUGACCCACCACGUCAGCCCUGAGCGACUUGCGUACAUCGCGGCCAACAUCCCGAAGAUUGCCAUCGUGACAGGGGACGAGGACAACCUGGUUCAUCCGUCAGGGUCUGAACGCAUCAAGGCGAGUAUGGACCUUGCCCUUCGCGACGAUAACGACAAGGAAAGGGUGGAGCUCCUGAAGUGGGAAGGAACAGGUCAUGGAAUUCAUGCCCAACGAGAAAUUCCGUUUAAUCAGCUCGUGGAGCGAUGCGCUAGAGAAGGAAGGAAGAGACUAGAUCAUGGAUGGAAGCCUCGAGAUAUGCUCGCCUCAUAG